AUAUGAUGGCAUCCCAAACUACUCUUGAUGAGAAAUUCUUGGAGUUUGUAAACGCAAAGCGAACACGCCAUAAACCAAACGCCAAGAUCCACAAGGUUCCAGAGAAUCUCCGAAAUAAAAAUAAUCAUGACAAGUAUUACUCACCCAGGGCGGUGUCAAUAGGUCCCAUCCAUCAUGAAAAUAAAAAUCUCAAGAUAGGAGACACCUAUAAGUUUACUUUGGCAGCAAAAUACGUCCGAAACACCCCAUACACUCCACAAUUUCUAUACAAAAAAAUUUUCGAUAACAUUUCUGAACUUGAGGGUCUUUUUGCCGAAGAUGUUUUAGUUUUAGCCAAUAACGCAGAAUCUCUACAAGGCUUCGGCAGCCUUGAAGAAAAGCUGUCAUGGCAGUUAUUCGUGGAUGGAUGUUUUUUGCUGUACCUUAUGGACGAUGGCAAUACUCAACUUAAUGAUGAUGAAGAGGUGCCUUUUAAGGGUACUCAUCUUUUUGAUCUUGCGAUGAACGAUGUGUUUUUGUUGGAGAAUCAGCUUCCAUAUUUAGUACUGAAGCUGUUGUGGAAAACUGACAACGAGAAGGAAUUGAUAAAAACUAUGGUGAAAUUUCUCAGAUAUAAUAUUUUGUACAGACCAUACAUGGAUUUACCGAAUGAACCAGAACCACCAAUUCAUCUUCUUGAUCUUCAGCAAAAAUUCAUCCUCACAAAAUCUGAUCCAAAGAUGAAGAAACAAAGUGGUAAAUACAACCUAGAGUCGUUGAAUGCAUACAGGAACAUAGAAGAUCUAACCGCAAUAGGAAUAAAACUUAAAUUAAGCAGAACAGAAAGGCCAUUCGAUGUAGAUUUCUCGGAGGGUUGGUUUUCUGCCGAAUUGACUCUUCCUGAGAUUGUUUUGAAUGAUACCACAAUUGGUGCUUUACUGAACCUGACAGCGUAUGAGAUGUGUUCACCUUUAGAGAACGACGGCGAAAUAUGUUCAUUUGUGGUUUUCAUAAACUCCCUCAUUGUCCAUUCUGAAGAUGUAAAGAAAUUAAGAUCAGAGGGUAUUUUGAGGAAUUUCAUAGGGAGAGAUGAGGAAGUUGUUGAUCUUUUCAACAUCAUACGUACUGACUUGCUUUAUUACCCAGAUAUAUAUGGUGAAAUUACAUAUAAAAUACAUGAGCAUCGCUUUAAAAAAUGUAAGAUUUGGUUAGCGUUGGCUUAUCGCACUUAUUUCAGCAAUCCUUGGGCUAUCAUUGGUUUCUUUGCUGGGGUUAUUGCACUUGUUCUCACAUUCCUUCAAACAUGGUUUUCCAUUUACCCGCGCUAGCUAGCUCAUUAUAUAUGGUUUGUUGUGGUAUUUCUUUAAUCACUUAUUGAGUCUUCACCAUUAGUAUCUCAAAAAAGAAAAGUGUCUUUUGCAUUGUAUUAUGUAUUGACUUAUUGUUUGUUUUUUUAAGAGGUGUGUGGUUAAA